AUGUCAAACUCAAUGACCCAUCAAAAUCAAUUUGAGAACCAAGAUUUAUUAGGUGCUGGUUAUGUUUCAUCUUCUUCUUUAAGGAACACUAACAAUGCAUAUUCUGAAACAUUUCAUCACAAUAUUGAAGAGCUAUCACAACAAGGCUCUGAAAUGAGUCAUACAAGACAUUUGAUGGAUCUACUUGGAGCAGCAAACAACAAUCAUCAAACACAACAAGGUUUAUCACUUUCUCUAGGCUCUCACAUGCUUGUUGUUCCUUCUGAGGAUUACAGAAACCGUUCCUUGAAUCAAGGUCUUAUGAUUAACCCAAGUUACUUCAUGUCUGGUCAAGAACAGACACGUGAGCCUUGUAAUAAUAAUCUGACAAGUGAUUAUUUUUACGGAAGUUGUGGAAGUUUUGGUUCAGGUUCUUCUAAUAACUCAUUGUUGAACCGUUCUACUUCUACUUCUUAUGGAAAUGAGAGUUUUGGUUCUGUUAUAGGAAACUCUAGAUAUCUUAAACCGGUACAAUCACUUCUUGAAGAUCUUGUUGAUGUUGGUGGAAAUGUGAUUGAUAGAAUGAAUGAAAAGUAUGCAGAGAAAUUGUUUCAUGCAAGUAGAACAGGUGCUAGAACACUUUCAUCUGAGCUUAAGGCUGAGUUGAGGAUUCAUGGACAUUUGUUGGCUGAUAAACAUGAACAUCAAGUCAAAAUUGCAAAGCUCAUUUCUUUGUUGGAUGAGGUUGAGAGUAGAUAUGAGAAAUACUACCAUCAAAUGGAAGAAGUGGUGUCAUCUUUUGAAAUGAUAGCAGGUUUAGGAGCUGCCAAAUGUUACACUGCUUUAGCACUUCAAGCAAUGUCUAGACAUUUUUGCAGCUUAAGAGAUGCAAUAAUGUCACAAAUAAAUGUUGAGAAAAGAAAACUUUUUCAAGAUGUACCAAAAAUCAACAAUGGAUUAUCUCAACUUAGCUUAUUUGAGAAAGAUAACAACAGACAGAAUAGAAUGUCUCUUCAACAACUUGGAAUUAUGCAAAACCAAAGACAAGUUUGGAGACCCAUUAGAGGCUUACCUGAAACCUCUGUUGCAAUUCUUCGUGCUUGGUUAUUUGAGCACUUUCUUCAUCCGUAUCCUAAUGAUUCUGAGAAAUUAAUGUUGGCAUCGCAAACCGGUUUAACUAAAAACCAAGUGUCAAAUUGGUUUAUAAAUGCAAGGGUAAGGUUAUGGAAACCAAUGAUAGAAGAAAUGUACAAAGAAGAGUUUGGAGACUCAUCUGAAGACUCCAACCCAGCAGCUAACAAUUACAUGUCAAGAGAAGAUGCAACAGACUGUGUGGAGGAUUAG